AUGGCCAACUCGGCCACAAUCCGGACUGCUUGCAGAUUUAUCAAGGAUUAUAACCCAGCUAUUUUUGCCAUCCUAGAACCUAUGGCUAGUGAGCAUAAGAGGGUGGGAAUAGGUCUUAAGUUGGGCUUCCACUCUUCCUUCUCUAAUGCUGGCGAGGGGGGUAAAAUCUGGGUUUAUUUCAGUAAUUCUAUCUUAGUCUUUGUCAUUAAUAUGUCUAACCAAAUCAUCUCGAUAGAUGUUUGUCAGGCUGAUCAGACUCCCAUCAGCAGGCUUUCCAUGGUUUAUGCUAAAUGUUCUAGAUAUAGUAGAAGACUCCUUUGGGAUAACAUUAUAGCAUUGGCAGCAGGGACUAAUGGGCCUUGGGUUGUCGAUGGAGACUUCAAUGCAGUGCUCGACCGUUCAGAAAGGCUGGGUAGCAGGAAUCACGACCUGGCCAAUUCCAGUGAAUUCAGAAAUGCUGUCGAUUCGGCUGGUCUCCUGGAUGCCGGAUUUGCAGGCAACAAGUUCACUUAG